GUUUUUAAACUUUUGCAUAAUAUAAUCUGCAUCAUUAUAUCAUACAUAUUAAAUACACAAACAUACAUUCAUACAAUCACACACAUUAUAGGUAUUAAUUUUCUUGAAUGAAUAUGCUGUACACUAUGUCAUAUAACUAGAUUUUAAAUUAAAACAUUGUCUUUGCUCUACUGCAGUUUGAACAAUAACUACAGCAUUAUCAUUUGUCUCAAUGGAUUUAGGGACGGACUAGCAAUUUUACCAAAAAACUUAAUGCUAGAGCGUACCAAGUAAAAUAGAUCGGAUUAUCUAAAAUAGUUCUGAAAACAGAAAUUUUCGAAUAAUUCAAUGAAGUAGUGUAUUUACAAUUUGAUUGUGGUUCUCGAUGCUUUCGUUUUUUUUUAAUCAUUUUUUUUCGAGUAUCUAACAAGUUAAUAGAGAUCAUAGAAUUAACUAUUAUUUCAUAUUCAUUCCUCUCAUUGACUUGUACUCAUUUUUGUAAACAGCCGUUUCGUUAGUUAUUUAUUAAGAAAUCAAAUGUAUCAUAUCCAGACUUUUAUUCUUAUAAAAAAUGAAAUAUUUGUUCUUUACAUCUAUAUCUUAUUAACCAAGUGCUUACAUAAGCUCUUAAUUUUUUGUAAAACACUGAGCUAUAUUCCGCAUCUUUCCACCUGCGACCUUAAAGGCAAAAGCCGCAUUAAUAAUUAAUACAAUGUAAGCAAAUGAAAGACUGAUUGCAUAAAAUUGUUUUACAUUUAAUAGGGUCAUGCAGGAGACAAACAAAUGUGAUCCUACGACCCAUACAAUUUGUCCCCAUUUUUGCCUAUCAAUAGCAGCAAAGAAAAUAACACCCCAGAACGUAUGAAGUAAAAUGAAGCACAAAGUGGUGGAUGCUGAUACGAUGAAGAAGUAUUCUGUACCAUGUCUGAUACCCAUGGUUCCAGGACCAAUUGCAUCUGCUAACACAUUGACCAGAGCAAAAGCUCCACUCAUAAAACCGAAACCUAGGCCACAAACAUAUGCAAAUAUAUGUCUGCUAUCAGCUACGUGUGUUGUGGUUACUUUUUCUAAACCUCUUUCAGCUUUACGUAAUACCCAGUAUAAAAGGUACCUAACAAUUUAUAAAAUCAAUUAGUAUCACGAAAAAAUAAACAAUAUGCGAAAAUGAGAUAAAAAAAAGGAGAAAAGAAAAAAUAAAAAUAAAAAAUGAAUCUUUUAGUAUCUUAUUACCUGAAAGUUUCUUGGAAUAAUACAGAAAAUACUAAUCCAAAUGCAAGAUGAUUUUGAAGUGGAACAACAGCAUACCAAAGCACAGAUGAUAAAAGUAAUGAAAUAAGCCAGAAAAAGGCACUGGCAAUUAAUAUGAUAAUUUUUAUUGGAUCAUUAGCUAUAGUAAAUGUGAACAUGGCUAAUGGAGGUCCAAAAGCCAAGAAAGCACAACCAAAAAAAUCCAUAACCGUCAUCUUUAAGAUAAAUGCUUAAUCGUGUGCUUAUUCUUUGUCAAUUGACCUUUCUCCAAAUGCUAACUGUUUCUAACCCUACACAGCCUUAUUAUGGCUCGGAUGUCUACUUUUUGUGAGUGCAUUUAUUGCGUUACUACAAACACAAUUUUUAAGUUUGACAUUUCAGAAUAUACUUAAAAGGUUAAGUAUGACCUUGCUCAACAAUCUUUAGAAAACGCGCUACUGAUUAAUGGAAGGAACUUUGAAUGAGGUACAUCGAGAUAAACCUGCACUGCAAUCGAUAGCUUAUCGAUAUUUUUUAAUUUGUAAUGAUGAACGUUAUUCUCGAUUCUCUCAAACUUAUUAAUUAUUUUUAAAGAAAAGUAAAUUUACGUAGAUUUUAAUCGAUCCAUAUAUUAUUUUAAAUUAUUAAUCGUUUUUAUUAAAUGUGUAAAAAAAUAUUUCAAAAAUCGUGCCAAAACGAACCUCUGCUAGUUAUUAUUUCUGUUCUAAUUAAUACGAUCAAAUAAUUUUGCACUCAUUUAAAAAUAUAUCUAUAUAAAUAUAAAGAUUGAAUCUUAUAAAAUGUGUGUGUCACAGAAAUAUACAAAAAAAAUAUAAAUAAUAAGAAUAAUUACAAUGUACUUAAAGUUAUAUAAAAUAUUUUCGAAUUUACCGCCUUAAAAUUGAACCAAUCGAAACAAAUCGCUAUUGCGCAUAUACAAAUUUUCUUUUUAUCAAUAUAACCUAAUAAUAUACUGGAUGUAUUUUUAUUUAACCGGUAUUAAAAGAGGUUAUACAAAGUUUAUAUAAAAUAUCUGAUUUUUUUUAUCUUAAUGUAAACAUUUGUAUGAUAUAUAAAUCAAUAUUAACAAAAAUUUAUUUUUUAUUUCCAUACACAAAAUAUAUUAAUACUCUUUCAAUAUGGUAUCGUUUUUAACUGAUGUGUUAAUUACAGCAGGGCAAGUUGAAAAGCUCAAUCUUCGAGAAAAAAUUUCUCAAAUACAGGAGGAUAUAGUAAAGCUAAAGUAUGAUGUCAAAGAUUUCUUGGAUGAUAAUUAUAUUGAAUUUUCAUCAAAACUGACAAAAAAUCAACGUUUAGUUUCUAAAGCUGAAAUACUUACAAAAGAAAUGAACGAUUUACAAAAAAGAAUAGAUGAUCAGAUCAAAGUAGAAUUAUCUGGGUCCAUAAAGGAAUUAAAGAAUCUUUCACAAGCGUUGAAAGAAUCAAACCUUUGUCUUCACUUAUCUAACCAAUUAUUAUCUCUGGACGAAUGCAUUAAGUUGAUAAAACAAUAUCAAGAAGAACAGCGAUACGUUGAUACUGCUAAAAGCUUAUGUACAAUGCAAAAUUUAUUGGACAAUCCUGAAAGUGAUUUACAAGAUCUUGAUAUUUAUAAUGCAAUUAAAGAGGAAUAUAAAAAUUUACAUGAUUCAUUUUUAUCUCAUGCUUCUUUGCUUUGGGACGAGCGUAUUUGUUGGACUGGUUUAGAAAAUAAUAAGAAUGAAACAGUCGUUACACUUCAUAUUAGGGAUAAACUUGAAAAUAUAGAAGACUUAAUUCGUGGUUUGCAUUACGUCAACAAACUUUCUGAUCAUUUGGAUCAAUUUUCAGAAACAAUAAUGAGUCAUAUAAUUCAACCGAUUAUCAAUGAGCAUUGCUCAGUUUUUGUUUCAAAAGAAAAUAUAUUCACCAUUGAAUAUAUUGAUAGAAAAGAAAUACCUGUUUAUAAAAGUGUCUUGCAUAAUUUAAAAUUAUUAUUUAGAUAUCUUCAUGAACAUUUUAAUGUUAUAAUAGAUGAUAAUCAGACCUUACUUAUGAAAAUGCAGCCGCAUAUGUUAGAACAAUUAGCAGAAAGUCUUACAAUGAAUUGCAUAGCUAGAACUAUUCCUAGUUCUAGCACAGAAUUAAAAAAUUUUGAACCAGUAGUUGAAGAAACUAAUGACUUUCAAAGUUAUUUAAUAGAAAUAGGAUUUAUCACAGAAGAAAACUUAUUCUUGAAAGAAUACACUGAUAAUAUUGAUAAACUUUUUAUUGAUAAAAUAUGCCAAGAUUUAAUGGUAAAAGCAAGAAAUAUUAUUAAGAAAGAUCUACAUGAUUCAAUUAAACACAUACCAGAGACCCCAUUAAAAUUUCCAAAUGAUGAGUUAGAAAGUGAAGGCGUAUCAAUUCACAGAUACUUAAAUGAAUCUUCUUUUCAACUACCAUCUUGUCAAAUAAGCAAAAAUGCGAAAGAAAUACUAGAUCUUGCAAGAAGUAUUUUGGAUGAGGCCUGUGACAGUUCAGAUGCUUCUGCAGUCAGACUGUUUUAUACAUGUAGAAAUGUAUUUGAAAUGUAUGCAGGACUAGUACCUGAACAUCACAAAAAAUUUUUGGAAACAAUACCACAACAAGUCGCUCUAUUCCACAACAACUGUAUGUAUCUCGCACACCACCUACUCACAUUGGCACAUGAAUACAGGGAUAAAUUGCCGAGAUCAUUGCAACAGCUUAACUUAACUUUUACUGAUCAAACACUGAUACUACGCAAUGUCGGUUCUGAAUGUUUCCUAGAGCACAUGAGAUAUCAGAGAGAUAUUAUUAUAGAUAUUCUCAAAGAGUCAGGUUUAGCAGCACUAGGUCAGGUUUCUGAAUUACCUUCGUCAACUGAACGUGCAUUGAGACAAUGUAUCAGACAAUUAGAAUUGUUGAAGACCGUCUGGUUAGAUGUUCUACCUGUCAAUAUUUAUUGCAGAGCUGUAGGAUGCAUCGCUAAUUCUAUGGUCGAAGAUUUAAUAAUAAGAGUUACAUCUGUUGAAGAUAUACCUGCUGAUAUAGCUUCUGACUUAGUGAUAAUGUUCAAUACAGUUGCAACACGAACGCCAAUGAUAUUUCCAGAAUCUGAGAAGAUAGCACAAUAUGCACGAAAAUGGAAAAAAUUCUUAGAACUUAUUAAAGUUCUUGGUGCAUCAUUGAAAGAGAUCGAGAUUAGAUGGGCAAGUGGGAAAGGUCCUCUUGCGAAAGAAUUUACAGCUAUUCAAGUAAAACAACUUAUUAGAGCAUUAUUUCAAAAUACAGAAAGAAGAUCAGUUCUCUUAGCUUCUAUUAAAUAAUACAAUACUGUAUUGAUAUGUUAUUAAUAAUCAGUGGAGAAAGAAAAUUUAUUUAUAUUUUAUGCAUUUCAUCU